AUAUUUCUGAACACUCCCGGUUGCAUUUGAUUCGAAACUUUUAGCUUUUUAUGGUAUUUGAAGUUGUAAGUUGUAUCAAAUGUAGCGAAAUGGCGGGAUUACCAUUAAUACGAAGAAGCGAAACUGAAACUGAAAGACAUGGAAUGCAGUUUGACCCUCCGGUUUAUAUUCAACGUUAUAGAACGGUUCGUGAUAUUCUUGAAAAAGAAAAAAUUGUUAAGGUAAUCGAUUUUGGGUGUGCAGAAGGGAAGUUCUUAAGAUAUAUCAAGAAAAUUGAAACUCUUGAAGAAAUUGCUGCUGUUGACUCUCAGUACAGUUGUUUGAUGGAUACAAGACAAAUUGCAGCACCUAUAGCAUGGGAUUUCUUGUUUAAAAGAAAAAGGCCUUUGUGCAUCAAGCUCUAUGAAGGAAGUAUUUCUGACUGUGAUAUUCGUGUGGCUGGGUUUGAUGCUGUAACAUGUAUAGAGUUAUUAGAGCACCUUAGUGACCCAGAACUUGACAGAGUACCAUAUACAGUGUUUGGAUACAUUCAACCUAGGGUAGCAAUUUUCACCACUCCAAACAAAGACUUCAACUGUUUGUUUCCUGAACUAAAAGGAUUUCGGCACUGGGACCACAAGUUUGAGUGGGACAGAAUUGAAUUUAGAACAUGGUGUUUGAAUGUUAUAAAACAGUUUUCCAACUACACUGUUGACAUUUUUGGAAUUGGAGAACCUCCUUCAGAGUCAGCCAGUCUUGGCUGCUGUAGCCAACUUGCUGUUUUUAGACAGAUUUUGGUUAACAAUCACAUUAAUUGGAAUGACCUGAAGCCAGAUAAAGAAACACCCUACAUUUUAAUUACUGAAUAUAUUUAUCCACAUGAAGAGUCUUUGACUGAAGCCUAGGAACAUUUUACAACUGAUAUAGCACAAUUCUUUGUUUUUUAGGAAUGAUACUGCAAUUUUGUUAAUGUAUGUAUUUUCAGAACAUUAAGCUUGGGAAAUUAGUUUUCUCCAAUAGAUUCAACUAUGUUUCUUUGUUCAAUUUAGAGAAAGACCAGUCAAUUUUUUCAUUUUAACUUUAAACAUUGCUGUUUGAUUAUGAGAACUAAAACAUAUUGUGAAUUGUUUCAUAGAAGAAGCUAUACAGUUUGUAUGUAACUAGUUUUAUGCUGUUUCUUCACUAAAUACAGGUAAUUAAUACUCAUGUAAAUAGUGUUAACAUAUAUCUUCUUUCUAUAUUUCAUAUUUUUAUAUAUGUUUGUGCAUGUGCGUGUGUGUAUUUAUAUAUGUUAAAACAGUUUACUUUUUGAAUGUAGAGAAAAUUGGCACACAAUAAAAUUUAAAAUAAUAGAAAGGUCAAUAUAUUAAAAGUUUGCCAAGUUAAGUUUCGUAAAUAAGGUACAGAAAAAAUUAAGAUGUAAAUACUACCUGGAAACCGUUUUAUUUUUAUUAUAAAUAGUAAAGGAACUCAUUUUUAUAAUAAUAAAAAAUUAUCUUUUCAAGUUAUAAAGCCUCCAGUUUUUCUUUUAUCGUGAAAGGAACUUGGGUGUGUCAUAUGACUUCUAUCACUUUUCCAGUAGAUCAUAUUUGAUUCUCUUUCAUAUUGUUGCCUAGAGUAUAUGGAUGGCUUUUGCCACUGAACUUUGUUUUUGUAGUUUUUCACUUGUUACAAGAUGCCAUACUUUGUUUACUACAGCUGGAAUAUUGCUUGCUGCAUGUCUCUUUUUAGAUGGUCCUGGUGCUCCAAAUUCGUCCACAUUCUUUUGUUUUCAAAUUUCAUUACGUACAAGAGAAAUCCCAAUGUUGGACAUUCUAAAUCCCUAAUCUGAAUACAUCUUUAUGAUAAGAGUAUGCAACUAUUUUACAUUGGAAAAGGCUAUUACAUACCCUUCCCAAAAGCAGUCAGUUUCAUUGGCAUCACAUUAUCUACAAAACCCUCAAACAUUGUCAUUGCAACUGUAUUUCAGCUGUAGGUUUCAUGUGACUUGCUGAUUUGUAUAUUCGAAAUCAUUUUAAUUAAUAUAACAUACUCAAAGCUCUGUAGUACCUUUACAAAGUGAAAUUUGAGAUGGACUUUCAAUGGAAGAUUGGAUUAAAAUAAUCAUUACAUUUGGACUGAUUAUAAGUAGGGUUCAUAGGCAUAAAGUAGUUUUCUAUGCACAUAAUUUUGACAACUUAUUUAAUGUGUCAUGAAAGAUAGCACAUCAAAUUUUAAAAACUGCCUGUGAUAAUAGUUAGGUUUCACGCUCUUGAAAUAGCUGGGUGAGUAAUUAUUACACUUCUGUUUGAAAUUAAAUUAAUUUUUUAAAUAUAUAUUUUCCACUGACUACAUUAUUAUCCACUGAUCCUUUUACCAAUUUGUUUAUUAGUUCACUGUAAUAAAUUUUCUAAGUUUAUUCUUGUUCCUUUUUAUGGGUUAGUGAAUGAUGUUAAUGUUACAUUGAUUCUGGGAACUAGAGCAUGAAUGUCUGUCUAGUAGACAUCAGCAGUAUGAUGCUAA